AUGGCAGUCUCUCCUUUCGCUUUGCGUGUGAAUGCAUCCACCAACCGGCACUCCGUUUCUCCCUCAAGUGAUCACCUGAAAAAGUCCAUUUCCCCAGCUCUGAAGCCUAUUUGGAAGGAGUUGCAGCAACAACUGCCGUUGAAGAAGAUCGACGUAUCCAACACAGUCAAGAAAGCUUCAGGGAUUGUGUUGGAUGUCUUGGUGGAUGGCUUGUACCGGUUUGUGGAUCAACCUUAUCUGCCUUCUCAGAAGAACUUUGCACCGGUUCAAGAAAUUGGAGAAGCUGUUGAAGUUGCUUGCUUGGAAGGAGACUUACCAGCUGACUUCCCCGAAGGUGUAUUUGUCAGAAAUGGUCCAAAUCCCCAAUUUGGAUGUCUACAAUCCAUAGUGUCGCCGUUUGGAGCAGCGAGUGAAACUUGGGCAGAAGGAGAGGGAAUGCUUCAUGCAUUGUUCUUCAAAAAAACUCGCAAUUCAGAUUGGAGCAUCUCCUACAAGAACAAGUACAUCGAGACCGAGACAUUCAAGAUUGAAAAGCAAAGAAACAAACCCUCCUUCAUCCCUGCCAUUGAAGGAGAUUCAUUAGCUGUUUUAGCUGCAAUUUUUCUGAAUCAGAUUAGACUCAGGGCUGUAAACAAGCUUGUGUGCAACACAAAUGUGUUCGAGCACUCGGGGAAGCUAUAUGCGAUAGCAGAGAAUUACUUGCCUCAUGAGAUCGAUUCACAAUCCUUAGAAACACUCGGUGUUUGGAACUGCAAUGAAGAUUGGGGUCAACCUUGCACUAGCCAUCCAAAGAAAGCUCCUAGGAGUGGUGAACUUGUACUGAUGGGGAUUGAUGUCAAGAAACCUUUCCUUGUGGUAGGAGUGAUAUCUGUUGAUGGAAAGGAGCUUCUUCAUAAGAUGGAUGUCCAAUUACGCAAGUGUGUCCUUAGCCAUGAGAUGGGGGUCACAGAAAGGUACAAUAUCAUAGUUGAUCAUCCUCUUUCGAUGGACGUGUCAAGACUAGCCAAGGGAGGCCAAUUGUUGUAUUAUGAUAAACAAGGAACAACGAGGUUUGGAGUAAUGCCGCGAUACGGCGAUGCCAAUUCUAUCCGGUGGUUCGACGUAGAAACAUGCUGCACAUUUCACCUCCUCAACACAUUUGAGGAUGGAGAUGAGGUUGUGGUAAGGGGUUGUAGGGCCAUGGCAGCCAUAUUGCCAGGUCCAGAUUGGGGUGUGAACAAGUUUGAUUGGUUCUCAAGGGGUUUCAAAUUACCUCCCAAAAAGAGGGAAAAUGACAAUGAAGAAGAAGGUUUUCUUUUUGCUUGUGUGUACGAGUGGAGAUUGAACAUGGAGACUGGAGAAGUCAAGGAGAGAAAUCUCAGUGGCACUCACUCCUCCAUGGAUUUUCCAUUUGUCAAUGGGAAUUUCACAGGAUUGAAGAACAAAUUCGGCUUCACCCAAGUCGUCGAUUCAGUGGCAAGUUCUAGCAGCGGGCUAGCUAAGUACGGAAGUCUGGCCAAAUUAUACUUUGAUGAACCACAGGAGGGAGAAUAUGAACAGGCAGUAAAGGUUGAAUAUCACAAGUUCGAGGAGAGCAACUAUUGUAGCGGAAGUGUGUUCGUCGCUAAAAGUGGUAAUGCCGAAGGAGAAGGUGAAGAUGAUGGUUGGAUUGUCACUUUUGUUCACAAUGAAGUGUCUGAUGAGACUCAAGUUCACGUAAUUGAUACGAAGAAUUUUGAAGGGGAGCCAAUCGCGAAAAUUGCAUUACCUCAAAGAGUGACCUAUGGAUUUCAUGGCACCUUUGCGCCCAUGACAACUCAUAAAUCUAUCCACAGGAGCAGAAAAAUAUAG